AUGCCGGCGGAGGACACAGCAGCCAUACUCGCCCAUUCGUCUGCACCUUUGGCACCUGUGACAAGGCCUUUGCCAGGAAGAGCGACUUGGCCCGUCAUUUCAAGAUCCACACCAACGACAGGCGAAGCGUUCAUCUGCAACUAUCGAGGGUGCGGCAAGUCUUUCAUCCAACGAUCAGCCCUCACCGUCCAUUAUCGUGUCCACACCGGAGAAAGGCCUCAUCAUUGCGAGACGUGUCACAAGGCGUUUGCCGACUCGAGCUCUCUUGCCAGGCAUAGACGUAUCCACACCGGGAAGCGCCCCUACACUUGCGAUGCUCCAGGCUGCACCAAGCUGUUCGCCAGACGAAACACUCUCUUAAAGCAUUUCAAGCGUCAACACCCAGACAUUCCGCCGCCUACCUCGUCUGCGCCGCGCUCUGCCAACCGCAACACUUCUCAAAACUCCUCUGGGUCAUUCUUCUCUCAGGGAUCUUCCCACUCCGACCACUACCCCAGCCCGAACCCCGGUGCCCCCCACGGAUUCGCCGCUCCUCACCCGUCGGAGGGCGCGGCGUACCCCUUCCAUGGCGGGUUCCCCGGACAGGUAUUCGGAGGACCUCCAGGUGCCCAUCAGCCCAUCUUCUUCCAGGGAACAGGGGCUGUCCGACCACACUUCCAGCCCUCCUCCCACGGCGGGCCCGUCCACCUCACACCCAUCUCCACCUCCGGCUCUCCAUUCGGAAACGGAGGACACCACUCGGCUCCCCACUCGGCGCAUAGUCAGAGGCAAGGCGUCUCACCUCACCCCUCCACUGGCCUCACCCCGAGCCAGUACCCCAGUCCACUCUCCGCCUACCCGAGUGGCUACCCGCUCCCGCGUUUCCCGAGUGAGGGAGCAGUGAUGUGGAACAGGUCGGCCUCUGCGCCCGGUCAACCGAGGGCUUCGCACGACACCUCGCAGUGGAGCGGUGGCAAUGUCGGCGGAGGGUUCCAUGCCUCGCAGCUCGCUGUGCCCCACACCUCUGUGCACAUGAACGGCGGACAAUACUACAACAUGAUGCCGAGGUCUGCUACAAACCCUCUUCCCCAUUCGAGACAGCCGCACACGCCUUCCGGUCAUUCCGACGACGAGGACGAGCCGCUCAUCUCGGUUGAUGCCGCCCCUACUUUUGCGCUCCAUCCUCCCCAGGGCGUUUCCGUCGGCAUGCCUCUCACCAGCAUCGAAGGCUCCAACCUGCCGCUCCCGAGUCCCGACGGCCAGAUUCUCUAUGCCGACCAUCAGCAGUCUGGCCGUCUUCACAGUGCUCCGCCUGCCAUCCAGCGUUUCAACUCUAUGCCUGCUGUGCCUACCGUCAGCUCUUGGGGCCAGGUCAAUACCUACCAGAGCCACAGCGUCGGCAGUGCUCAAAGCCAAGACGAAGACCUGGAAGAGCUUGAAAAGCAAAUCAUCAGCCGCGAGACGUCUGUCGGUGCCGACCAGGAUUCCACGCCAGAGACAGUUGAAAAGCAUACUCCUGAGGAUGGGGAGGCCAUCGGCGGGCACUGGGGUCAGCCGAUGCCUUUCCCUGCUCCUCCCAUGAGUCACCAGCGCCGCACCAUCUAUUCUUCUGGCGCGUCCAGUGCUUCCAACGCUUCUGCCAUGAUUCACGGUACACCGACCCACGGCAUGACCGAGAACCUGCCCCCUAUCCACGUCUACCAGAACCAGCAGCAUCAGAUGCCCAUGCCCAUACAGGCCCUCACGCCUAUCCAACCCAACGGCAUGUACCCCACCCCCAUCACGCCCGCCACCGAGUGGAACCACCCGCAGUUCAAGCCCAUCUUGAUGAUGGGUCGAGGGUACCACCAGGCUCACCAGGUUCAUCCCAUGUAUGCGCACGAGGACAAGGAGAAUGGGGAUAGCUCGACGGAGAAUAUCACCCUGACGACUCCUCCCAAGCAUUGGCAGGACCGGAAAGAGAGCCAGAGCGUCAACGCGGUCGGUCUGGGUAUCGCCAACGUCCACUUUGGUGACGGGAAGCGAAUUCAAAAGGGUACCCCCGAGGACGACAUGGACGAAGACUAUGAGUCUGAUGAGAGUGCGGCGGAAGAGCCGGAUGAUGAUAGUGAUGAUGACUUUGUGCUUGGAAGGAAGACCAGGCGAAGCGCGAAGAAGGGCUCGGCGAAGAAGAAGGUGUCGAGGGUGUCUAUCAAAAGAAGGCGAGUGUAA